UAUAGAGUGGACAUCGCGUCGUAUAUAUAAAUACAUGAAGUAAAUUCAACGGCUCAGUAUGUUUCUGAACUAACUAUAUUGAAAGUAUUACUGAACAGGUAUUCUAACGAUAGAAAAAAUAUGAGUAAAACAUUUAAAGUUUUGGAGAAUCCCGAAUUGGGAAGGUAUGCGUUGGCAGACAAAAAUUUGAAAGCAGGUGAUGUUCUUUUCGAAGAAACACCAUUCGCUAUAGGACCUAAAUUAGACAGCCCUCCAGUUUGCUUGGAAUGCAGCUGCCCAGUUGACGGAAAUGCAAGUGAUCAAAAAUGUGCUAAGUGUGGUUGGCCUUUAUGUGAAGAGUGUAUUGCUAAAGAAAACGAUAUUGUGUAUCAUAGGAAAGAAUGUGCUAUAUUCGUGAAAAAUAAAGUCAAAUUUCAAAAUGUCGAUGACUCGACUGCCAGUUGUACUCAGCUGGAUUGCAUAACACCUCUGCGAGUAUUAUUGGAAAAAGAGGAAAACCCGAAUCGAUGGAAUGCCGAAAUUAGUGUAAUGGAACAUCAUCCCGAUGCGCGAAAGGCAACUGCUGUUUGGAAUGCCGACCAUCACAAUAUUGUUAAAUAUUUAAGAGGACCAUGUGGUUUGAAGGACCGUUUCUCUGAAGAUCUAAUUCAACAGGUGAUCGGAAUUCUCGAAGUGAAUGCGUUCGAAGCACGAACAUGUAGCGGAUAUGCGAUCCGUGGGCUGUAUCCUAAACUGGCCAUCAUGGCCCACUCGUGUGUGCCAAACGUCGUUCAUGCUAUUCAUCCCACCAAAGAUUACAGACUAGUUGCAAGAGCGGCAGUUGAUGUUGCGGAAGGUGAAAUGCUGUUUACUACUUACACAUAUACGUUAAGUGGUACUACUAUGAGGCAAGCUGCUUUGAAGUCCGGCAAAUAUUUCACAUGCCGUUGUGCGCGGUGCUUAGAUCCUGCUGAACUAGGGACACAUUUUAGUUCCUUAAAAUGCCAGAAAUGUGACAAUGGUUUAAUAGAAUCGGUCAAUCCCUUAGAUGAUGAAGCUGAUUGGAAAUGUACUCACUGUGAGUAUAAGACCAAAGGCGCUGCCGUUCUUAAAGCUGCUCAAGUUAUGCAAGCCGAGUUGGAUGAACUUGCUUAUAUGGAGUAUGGACCCGAACGUUUGGAAAAUUUCGAACGCUUGUUCAAGAAGUAUAGGAGCGUUCUCCAUCCACUGCAUUUCAUCAAUACCUCCAUUCGACACAGCUUGAUAGAAUUGUACGGUAGAAUACCGGGCUAUGAAAUGCAUGAUCUUCCAGAUAUCUUAUUAGAGCGCAAAGUUGAGUUGUGUCAAGAUAUCCUCAAAGUGCUAAAUGUGUUCGAACCUGGGAAGUCACGUGCACGGGCAAUGAUCUUAUAUGAGUUGCAUGCUCCAUUAAUAUUACUUGCUCAGUCUGCUUAUAGACAAGGAACAUUGCAAGGUGUAUCACUGAAAGAAAAGCUUAUAGAAGCAGCUGAUAUAUUAAAAGAGUGCGCCGAAAUCUUAGAAUGGGAAGAUUCUUCUACUCCAGAGGGCAUUUUAGCUAACGUAGCCAAACAAGCUAUUGUUCAACUGGAACAAAGUAUACAUUCUUUGGAGUAAUUGUUUCAAUGCUGGUCUUGAUUUUAUCUAGUCAUUUUUUAUUGUGUAUUUGUGCCGUUUGUUAUUAUUAUAAGCUCAAUAUUUGUAAAUAAUCACACAAAUCAGGAGGUUACAAACUUCCGAAAUAAAAAUAAACUUCAAUCUGUGUAACAUUUUUUUCCGUGCUCUUCCACUAGAAUAGGGCAUUAGAUCCACAAUUAAUUAGUAAAUUAAGUUUUAUUUUCGGUCGUCAUAUGGCGAGUAACUACUCACAAGUCCUGUAUCUCACGCAUCCACGUGUGUCUAUUGACGCUUAGCUUCGACUGGGUGUGGUAGUAGUAGAAUGAGAGGGAGCGAGCGACGAAGGGCGCAAUAACCAUACCGUAGACAGAACAAAUGAUAUGUCGCGUCAGUUAUGUACAGUGGUAAACAACGAACAAACCCCUACGAUGUCCAUUCGGAGAGACAGGAGGUUGCGACAAUAUUCUAACAAGGAAUUACGAAUAAUCUAGCAAGACAUUAUGCUCAUUAGUUGAAGUUAACGCAACCAACGGAAGAGCAGUUUGGCGCGAUGACUUUUGAAGAUACCUAUAAGAUAAUAAGUAUCAUAGCGGCGACCGUACUGGAUACGAGGCCACCAUUGCCAUUAGAAUGCCGGACGAUAGUCCAGUGUGAAUGGUUCUUGAAACCGAUCCAGUUAGAACAACAGGAAGAGGAACGCUGCGAACAAGGUGAAUCGAUUAAGUGACGAGCAGCCGUGGAUCGAGUAUUUGGUGUUACUUAAGGAGAAAAUGCACCUCGAUAUAAGCAAAGUAUAUUCUCUUCAAUUGAAUAAAACGAAUAAUGUUAUAUACGUUCAGUUCUAUAAGCGCAGAGCAAAUGAAUUUAUUAACAUAAACAACAAUGUGCGUUAUCUGGAGCACGAGAACGUCAAAUCUAACAUUCCAGUGUACAUGGAGAAGUGUUGUUUAGAAGUUUGUGUUUGCUCUUGAUGAAACCAUUCGAUACUUUCCAUCUUGAAGGAAGAGUGGGAGAUUUUUUCGUGGUAUCCUGAAUGGUGUACGUUAUGUAUGCGCUUUAAGAAGUCUUUACCAUUUUGCCUGAUUGUCACUCAGAACUCAAUGUACCCAA